AGGUGUAGAGUGCGGCGCGGGCAUAUUGUUUGGCUUUGGUGCUGGUACAAUGGUAGUGGGAAAGGUAGAGUUUGGGUAGGGGAAAAAAUUUGCGGUCCAGACUUUUUUCCGGGCACCAUGUCUGAGUACUUCUCUAUUAGCGUCGAGACCACUGGUGAUUUCAGUGGAGUCUGGUAUGAGAUUAUCGCUGCAAGUUAGGCAACCCCGCCAAACGGCGCGGGAUUGAUUCCACCUCAUCCAAUGUUGCCUGCUUAAACCAGCCGAGGCAACAAGCUGACCUCACUAGAAACCAGGAUCACCAAGGCUGUUUUUGCUCCUCCACGCACUAAAUUGGUCGGCACCCAAGCUGAUACCUCACCCCUCCCACAAGAUCUACCCAAGAACACAAAACCGACAGCAACCAUGACGACCCCAGCCGCAGACGAGCCCGCCGCCGCCGCCGCCGCGCGGCCGGCCUUCAUCCCGCUCGAGGCGAACCCGGAACUGAUGACGGACCUGGUGCGCAAGCUAGGGCUGAGCGCGGCGCUGCAGUGCCACGACGUCUUCUCCAUCGACGAGCCCGAGAUGCUGGCCUUCAUCCCGCGCCCGGCCCUGGCGCUGCUGCUCGUCUUCCCCGUCGCGGCCGCGUACGAGUCGCACCGCCUAGCCGAGGACUCGGUCCUGGCCGAGUACUCGGGGAGCGGCGACGCCGAGCCCGUCAUGUGGUUCCGCCAGACCAUCCGGAACGCGUGCGGCAUGAUGGCCAUCGUGCACGCCGUCAGCAACGGGCCGGCGAGGGGAUUUAUUGCCCCCGGCUCAACCUUCGACAAGCUCAUCAAGGACGCCACCCCGCUGGCGCCCGCCGAGCGCGCCCGGCUGCUCGAGACAAACGCGGACCUGGCGGCGCAGCACAAGGCGGCGGCGUCGCGGGGCGACACCGAGGCGCCCGCGGCCUCGGAUGACGUCGACCUGCACUACGUCUGCUUCGUCAAGGCCGACGACGGCACCCUCUGGGAGCUCGACGGCCGGCGCAAGGGGCCCCUGGCCAGGGGCACCCUCGCCGACUCCGAGGACGUGCUGUCCGAGAAGGCGCUGCUGCUGGGACCCCGCGCCUUCCUCGAGAGGUCCGGCGGGGACAUGCGCUUCAGCAUCGUCGCGCUGGCUCAGAGCCUCGACUAGAUUGGACUUCUCCUUCUUCAUGUGGUGGAUGGGUCGGAGGCUAGGGGUCACUUAUGGGGAGACUAGCUGGCCGCAAUAUCCGGACCUAUCUUUUUUGGACCGUACUGGGAUUCUAGCAAAGCAUUCUAUCUAAGUCUUAUUGGUCGGGGCUGAUUUGUAGGUCUCUCACCACGGCUCACGGAACAACAUAAUAAUACAAUAAAAAGAUAAAGUCGUCAACACCCGAG